UACAGGUCAUUUCUGUAGAAGACCUAAGGGUUAAUAAGGUGGUUAUAAUUCACCUGACAACCAAGCUCAUUUGAUAGUUUAAUGUUUCUGAAGGACUUUGUACGAACAGAGUGAUUUUCAGGAUUGCUACAUGAAGUGAGAUCAAAGCACUGGUCAUAUAAGAAGCAGCACAUUCUACAUUUCCUACAGCUUGAAGUUAAAUUUCUCUAAAAUGGCAUAUGGGAGCUUGACAAACAUGGCAGUACCUGAGAAGACUAUUCUAUUUCAGCAAGAGCCAGAUGGAACUACAUACCGGAUCCCAUCUUUGAUCUUUAUUAAAUCUACAAGUACUUUCCUGGCAUUUGCAGAGCAACGAUCUAGUCCUGAUGAUGCUGAUGCUAAAUGCUUGGUAAUGAGACAGGGACAUCAGAAUGGAAACUCAGUUCAGUGGGAUGACAUGCGAGUGAUGAGUGAUGCACAGCUCCAAGGCUAUCGUACCAUGAACCCAUGCCCUGUAUUUGAUGAAGAUGAAGGAGUUUUAUUCCUGUUUUUUGUGUGUAUAAAAAAGCAUGUCACUGAAUGUUGGCAACUAUUCACUGGUAAAAAUGCAGCUAAACUAUGUUAUAUCACCAGUAAAGACCAUGGCAAAACAUGGAGCAGAGCAAUUGAUCUUACUGAGGAUGUCAUAGGUGAUGAGAUAGUAAAUUGGGCUACUUUUGCUGUUGGACCAGGACAUGGUAUCCAGCUGGAAUCUGGCAGGCUGAUAAUACCUGCUUACACUUACUAUAUUUAUUGCCCCUCUUGCUUUUGUGGGUUUAAUUCCAGCAAACCUCACUCGUUCACUUUUUAUAGUGAUGAUCAUGGGAAUACCUGGCAAAUGGGAAAACUCAUUGAUAACAUAAAGACUGUUGAGUGUGAGAUGGCAGAGAUUAAAUGCCAAAGUGGAAUGAAUGUGUUAUACUGCAGUUCUAGGACUCCUCUUCAUUACAGGGCAGAAGCAUUUAGUCAAAAUGAAGGCAAUGAAUUUGUAGGAGCAAUCCUGAAUGAAAAGUUAGUUGAACCUCCCAGUGGCUGUCAAGGUAGUGUUAUCAGUUUUCAGUUACCAGAAAAAUACACUCUAGUGCAAGAAGAAAAGCAUAUUAGCAUGAAAGAAACUACCCCAGUGAUUGACUGUUCAGGUAGUCAUCCAGAUGCAUCUUUGUCUUGGCUGCUUUUCUCACACCCAACAAGUAAGGAAGAAAGACUUGACCUGGGUAUUUAUCUAAACCAGUCACCAUUAGAUGCAUCUAAGUGGUCAUCUCCUUGGAUUAUUAACUUUGGUCCCAGUGGUUACUCAGACCUGGUAAACUGUGAAGGCAAAUUUGCAUGCCUGUUUGAGUGCAGUGAUCAGAGUAUACAGGAAAUUAUAGCAUUUACUGUAUUUACAUACAGUGACCUAAAAAAGGGUAUUAAAAUUUGAGCAUUUACUGUAUUUACAUACAGUGACCUAAAAAAGGGUAUUAAAAUUUGAGCAACCAAAAUUAUCUCAAUUUCCUUGGUGUGUUAAAUCAGUAAUAAGAGGUGAUGGGACUGUCAUUUAAUUUUGCCUAUUCAUGAGUCCAAAACUAAAAACUAAUGCAUGUGACUACAUCUCCACAUCCUGGAACACUGACUUUCCACUCCAGGGUGGCCAAGCGGUUACUUACCUGAUGAAUUUUGCCCCUUACUCCCAUAGUAUUGCUAUCUUGGAGUUGGUAUAUUUAGUUGGGGGGGUGUGGGGGUUUACUUUCCUUCGGUUUUACUUUUUUUUUUCAGCAUGGUCAAGCGGUUACUUACCUGGAGUGGAAAGUCAGUAUUCCCGGAUGUCGCUAUUCUGUGGUUGUCGGUCUUUUCAUCUAGGCUAUAUGAAAGUUGGGUAAGUCAACAUUCGGUCUCCUGAAGUAGAUAUAUAUAUAUAUAUAUAUAUAUAUAUAUAUAUAUAUAUG